AUGGCAUGCACUGUCACAACAUGUCAAGCCAUUUUCCAUGGAAAAUGUCUAAACGCAGACGAGAGUGAGUUUGAAGCACUGAGGGCAUUACGAAAAAAUUGGGUAUGCCCGAAAUGUGAAAAGGCACGGAAAAAUAUCCAACCGACAGACAAGUGUCUCAGCCCGCCAAGAUCGGCGCCACAACAACAAACUGUCGACAGCACAUACAAUCCAAAUGGAUUAGGCCUUGAUCUCAAAGAUGACGAAUGGAAGUGGAGAUGCGCCUUUAUAGACGAUAUCGAUGUGAAAUUUAUAGCUUAUGGCUGGCAGGAGGGUGGCAAACCGAUUUCCGAAGCACCCAUCAGAACAGCUUAUGAAACUAUGUCAGAUUAUAAUUUAGUCAUCGUUGAAUGGAGCUCGAAAUCUGAUUACUUGUUAUUGGGCAUCAAAUCGGCAGAAAUAGGCAAUUCCAUAGGGAAUAUAGUAAUUCGGCUACUCAAUUUGCAACUGGCCACAUUGGAUCGAGUGCAUCUGAUUGGCCACAGCAUCGGAGCACACCUGAUGGGAAUAGCUGGUGGACUUUAUUGCGGUCAUCGUCGCUCCAUUGAGUAUUUCAUUGAAAGUAUUUAUCACGAAGAGGCAUUUCCCGCAACUAAGUGUAAUUCAUACGCAAAUUAUCAAGCGAAAUUGUGCAUAAAUGGAGAAGUUGUACACAUGGGGAAUCCGGCAACUUCAAGGAAAAAUCCUAACGGCACCAUUAUAACACUGGACUCAACUGAAAGUGAGUUAAAAUCUAUUUUGUUACAAAACAGAACGACAAAAAUUAUAACCCACGGCUGGUUGGGUUCGGAAGAUGGUCCAUAUCUUGCUGACAUCAGAAUAGCAUAUUUGAAGAAACAUGACCUGAACGUAAUAGUUGUGGGAUGGGGAAGAAUAGCACGCAAUGAGUAUACUAUCGCCACUCUUGGAGUUGCAGGAGUUGGAUCUACAGUUGCAAAAAUGGUCAGCAACCUAUUGGACAUAGGUUUAGUUAGAUCGGAGGAUAUCCAUCUAGUUGGUCACAGUCUUGGAGCUCAUGUCAUGGGCGUUGUUGGAAGUUCCAUUAUAGAGUCUGGUCGUGAAAAAAUUGGAAGGAUUACAGGAAAAAUUGAAAUGGCUCUAAAUAAAUUGGCAAUUGAUGCCCUUGCUUUGUCCAACAAACGAGUUCUAAUGAGAGUGGACUUCAACGUACCUCUGAAAGAAGGAAAAAUCACGAAUAAUCAAAGGAUUGUUGCUGCUUUAGAUACAGUUAAAUAUGCUUUGGACCAGAAAGCUAAGAGUGUAGUGCUUAUGUCCCAUUUAGGGAGACCUAAUGGAAAAAAGGUUGAUAAGUACAGUUUAAAACCUGUCGCUGAUGAGCUUAAAACGCUCCUGAACAGGUAUAGAGAAAUUAUGUUUUUACCCGAUUGUGUGGGACCAGAAGUGGAACAAGCUUGUGCAAGUCCUAAUGACGGAAGUAUUAUACUUCUUGAAAACCUACGUUUUCAUAUCGAAGAGGAAGGAAAAGGGGAAGACGAUUCUGGGAAAAAAGUCAAAGCCGAUCCUGAAAAAGUAAAAAGUUUUCGUGCCUCACUUAAAAAAUUAGGUGAUGUUUAUGUCAACGAUGCCUUUGGUACAGCUCAUAGAGCCCACAGCUCAAUGAUGGGUGACGGUUUCGAACAAAGGGCCGCAGGAUUUCUACUUAAAAAAGAACUUCAGUACUUUUCAAAAGCUCUAAACAACCCCGAGAGGCCAUUUCUUGCCAUCCUAGGAGGAGCUAAAGUCGCUGAUAAAAUACUUUUAAUUGAAAAUCUUCUGGACAAAGUCGAUGAAAUGGUUAUUGGAGGAGGGAUGGCAUUCACCUUUCUGAAAGUAUUAAACGAUAUGAAAAUUGGAAAUUCCUUGUUUGAUGAGAAAGGUUCAGAAAUUGUGUGUAAGUUAAUGGAAAAAGCUAAGGAUAAAGGUGUUAAAAUUCAUUUGCCUGAAGAUUUCGUCACUGGAAACCGUUUUGGUGAAGAUGCUGAGGUUGGAGAAGCAACAGUGGAUACUGGAAUUCCUGACGGAUGGAUGGGUUUGGACAUUGGACCUAAAUCUUUUAAGAACUUCGCUGAAGCUAUCUGUACAGCAAAACUUGUAAUUUGGAAUGGGCCUCCUGGUGUCUUCGAAUUUGAUAACUUCUCAUGCGGAAGUAAAGCCAUGCUGGAAUCUGUCGUCAAAGCCACUGAAGCUGGAGCUGUCACGAUCAUUGGUGGCGGGGAUACAGCCACCGUCGUAGCAAAAUAUAAAGCUGAAGACAAAGUCUCCCAUGUUUCUACUGGUGGUGGAAAGACAUUGCCUGGUGUUGCUGCUCUCUCCGAUGCAUAAAGGCAAUACUAUUAAGAAUAGUCAACGCUCAAACUCAGUGUAUUUAUCCAUGUAGUAAUUUAAACGCUAAAAAUUUCCAUAUCUACAAAAAAAAAUAUACAUCUGUGUAAAUUAUAUUUUUAUAUUUUAUUCUAUAUUUAUAUUUGUACAAUUAAAUACAUUUUGUAAAGAUGUAUUUCUAUACAGUAUUUACAGUUUUUUUUUAUCAUAACAUACAAUAAAUACAUUAUAAACAAAUAACUUAUUUUUAUAAAUUAUAAAAAAAAACAAAAAUUAUCAAAAAGGUUACUGGCACAUAAGACUACAGCUUUUUUAUCACAAAUAAACUACUGUAACUAAGGCAAACGAUUCUGUUUUGAUUUAUCCUUUUUUUUUUUUUUGGUGUUAAUUUGUUGUACUUUUUAAUUAUUUACAAAGCUACAUCUCUGUACUUUUGCAUGUCGUCGGAUUCAAUUGAUAUUUUGCUGUCAGCGGGCCAAGACUUCUCUUCCAUUCUCGGAUCCUGCACAUAGGCCACUCUUCCCGUUGGGUCAAUGACGAAACCUGAAACUGGUAGCGGACCGAAAUAACCUAAAAUAAAAUAUGAUUUUUAAAGUAUACAGAUUAUUCAAGAAUUUCCAUAUAGUGAAAAAUAUAUAUUUAAAAUGUUUCUUUAAGAUUUAUGUUUGUAAAACAAUAAUUACUACAGGUUACCUCUUAUAUAUACAAUACAAAGAUUCCUAAAAAAAAAUAUUAUGCUGAAAUUUAUAUAUAGCAGUUUAAAAAGAUAGAUAAAGUAAUAUCAUAAUAUAUAUAUAUAUGGGUUCUGAUAUAGAUAGAAAAAUUCUCAAUAAUAAAGCCUUGAGUUUCUAUCCUACAGGUAUAUAGUUAACCUACCAAUGUUUUGAUAAUUCAGACAUCAUCAAAUCAGAAAAAACAAGAUCACAUAUAUCGAAAACAAAAAGAAUUUCAUUUACUGUAAACUAUACAUCAUACAAACCUAUCCGAACACAUACUGAAGGUUACAUAAACACAAUAGAGGAAGAUUAUAAUAAAAAGUUUACCAGAAGGAAUGAAACAAAAAAAAUAUGUAUAGCCAAAAACUCAAAAACAUAAUUAUAUAAAAAUAUAUGAAAUAAUAAAUUAUUAAAAUGACGCUGAAUGAAACUAAAUGCAGAGUAAAAGUCCAUUCAUAAAUGUCUAAUGUGUUCAAAGUGGAACUUGGGCUACGUCAAGGAGAUCCUCUUUCCCCAGUACUUUUUAAUCUAGCCUUAGAAUAUGCUAUUAGAAUAAUUAAAACAAAGCCAGGAGUAAACAUUAAUAACAGAUUAACUCAACAUAUGGACUAUGCUGAUGAUGUAGUGAUAUCAGCAAGAUCAUUACCGGCACUAGAAGAGUUUGAAACAGCUGCUAAUGAAUUGGGCCUGGUAUUUUCAAGGAAGAAGAGGUUAAGAUAAGGGAGCAUGUAGGACCUUCAAGUAUCUCGGUGGAAUCGUCACGAGAGAAAAGGAAACGGCAAAGGACAUAAAGGCUCGAGUUGCUGCUGGGAAUAGGUGUCUAUAUACAAUGCGUUCUGCCCUAGUUUAUAAAAUUCUCUCAAGAAAAGCUAAGGUAUUGCUUUAUAAGACUAUAAUUAGUCCCACAGUAACUUAUAGCAGUAAAACCUGGGUUAUGACAGCAGCUUGCUAGAAAAGACUAAGGACAUGGGAGAGAAGAGUUCUAAGAAGGAUAUUUGGAUCUGUGCGAGAGGACGAUCGGUUUAGAGCGAGAAUGAACUCUGAGCUCAAAGAACUAUUUCCAGAAGCGGACAUAGUUAAUGUCAUUAAGAAAAGAAAACUGGGCUGGCUUGGGCAUGUUGAAAGGAUGCCUAUAUUGAGAUUGAUCAGGCAAAUGCUAUACGGUCAUCCUGGUGACUCACGAAGGAGAGGUAAGGCUCGUAAACGAUGGCUGGACGAUGUGGAAGAGGACCUCCGCCAGCUGAACAUCAGGCGAUGGCGAACUAAAGCGAAGGAUAAAGUAUAUUCUAUAAAAGACUAAAUUUACUGACUAUUAAACCCAAAGAUCAAAGAUCCACCAUCAGAACUAAAGCUAUGAUAUACAUUAAUGUUAAAAAUUUUUCUUGAAAUUACUAUUGGUAUAUUUAUCCUAAAUGAAAAAAAUCCAAACCCAAAAGCCUUGAGCCCCCAAAAUACAGUAGAACUUAACCGAUUUCUAUAAAUAUAGAAAGAUUGCAAUUUUUUAUUAUAACGAAAACAAUUAUGUUUUAAGACUGAGCAUUUUUAUCCAAAGCAAUUUUUUAGAGAAAAAUUAAAUCAAUAAAAAAUGUAUUCCAUAUUUAUAAGAAAAAUAUAGAGACAAUUGGGUGAGCGAGAAAUUUUGUUUCAUAAGUUGGAGUACAAUUCCUCUUUCAACUAGUAUUUUUUUGAAAAAGCAGAACGUUGAAAGAAAUCAUCUUCAUCUAUUAUUUUUACAGAAUCUAUUAUUUUGGACUCGCUGGGAAUCCUGCAACACCACCUGUAUUAUUGUUUGCUAUUGCUUUAUGAAUUCUAGAGAGAGUGAGGAGAAAAAUAAGAAAAUAUUUAUAAAUACAUCAUAAAUUCUGUAUUUAGGAUGAUAGUCUCAUAAAACAUUAUUCUUUUCUUAAAAAUUAUCAAUUAAACUCAUUAGUACUGUGUCGUUUGGCUACGCAGUUGAGCAGCCUUACUACAACUUUAUUGUACUUCUCUACAACAUAUGGAGUACCAACAAAAAACUACCUUCGAGAAAUAAUAAGUAAAAAUUAUUUAAAUAUUUAAGCUGAAAACUGUUUGAUUUUCACUUACCAUUCCUCAUCCUGUCUUCGGUUGGGAAGAAACCAAUUGAUUUUGAACGGUACAAAAGCUUCCUAUCCAAACUUUGUGUAUUGUGAGGAUGAUGCGGUGGUAAAUUAAAGGUUGGUACCGGAGUGAAGGUGGGAGGUAACUGUCCUCUCAGAUCCAUCACUGAAAGACUUUUUAAUCUUGAAUUGUAGAGAGCCGCAUUGAAUUCAUUUACGCUUGGUGAAGGCGAUGGGGUACGUGGUGCAGGAGGCAAAGACCGCAGAGAUGGUGAC